AUAGUCAUAUCAUAAGUAACUUGACUUUUUUCGACAACUUACCGUAAAGUGCAUCAACUUUCUCACAACAUAAUGCUUAUAUUAACUUUACUUACUAACGUUGAUCAAAACAAGAUCAACGAGGACGUUUUGAAAGGAGCUUCUAAUCUGAUAUCAGAUUUAUUUGACGGCACACAGCAGAACGUUUUCAUAAGCAUCAAAGCUGGAGUUGAAAUGAAAUGGGGAACGAAGCCCGGUUUGUUCGCAAUUGGAACACUUCAAAAUACGACACCUUUUGAUUCAGAAUGCAGCAAAGCGUAUGCUCCGCAGGUAUUCGAAUUCGUUGAAAAAGCAAUAGGAGUGCCGCAAAACAGGAUGUAUUUAGGAUUUAUUUCAAUAAAUCGCGACAACAUCGCAACUGAUGGAAUGAUCACUUCAAUAAUGGACGAAUUGUGACAUAAAUCAAUACGCAGAAGAAACGUUUGUCUAUUAAAAAAACAUCAAAAUGUGAAUACUGCUUGGCUAAUAAAUUAACUAAACAGCAGAUAAAAUUGAAUACAAACCUCUUGAAAUAAUUACAGCUCAGCAUGAAGAUCUUCUUUAUUAUCUGGAAAGUGAAAUAAAAAAUUAAGGAAAACUAUGAGUAUUCUGUAUUGUAUCUUGUUUAUCUCAUAUAAUGUAAAAAUUUACCAGCA